GUAAUAUGCACAAAGAAACAUGCAGAGAAUUUGUCUUUCGGUUUACCAGAAAUCCCACCCUCUUUUGCAUUCACUACUAAAGAGGACCAGAAAAGUUUAAAAGAAGACACACAGGACACUCAGGAUAUCAGACAGAGAAGACACACAAGCAAUCACACAAGAUUCAAACAUGGGAAAUGUGGUACCAGAAUUUGUCACAGUUCUGGCUGAUCAAAUUGUUACAAGUGGAGAAACAGUUACUCUUCAAUGUGAGGCAAACACAAAAGAAGUAACGGCAACGUGGGAAAAAGACGGCAGUAAAUUGUUAUGUGUAGAGGGCAAACACAAAGUGACCAAAACAGAUACAACAUUUACUUUGGAAAUUUCAAAUGCUGAUGAGACUGAUGAAGGGAAAUACACUUUAACCCUCAGCAAUGAUAAGGGAUCUGCAUCAUGUUCCGCCCUCAUCAGAGUCGAAAUUAAGCAAUGGAGAGAAGUGCGAUGGCAGAGUCAAGAUGAAAUGUUGAAUAAUAUCAAGACAUUUAACAUUUGUAAUGAAGUUGAAGAGCUCCACUUCCUCUUGUAUGGACCAGUUGGAGCAGGAAAAUCCAGCACCAUAAACACCAUCAGAAGCAUCUUUGAAGGACGUCUGUUUGUAAACUGCCUGGCUGCUGCAGAAACUUCUACGAGUCACACUCUCUCUUUUGAAAGUUUCAGACUUGAAGAUGAAGAAAGAUCGUUUCCUUUAGCCUUCUAUGAUGUAAUGGGUGCAGAAGCAGAAGCAAAAGCUGGUGUGAACACUCAAGACAUCAUCAGUGCUUUAAAAGGUCACAUGAAAGAGAGCUACAAGUUCAUCUCUAAUGCGCCGUUGUCUGAAAGCGACAGUUUUUACAAUCGAAAUCCCAGCCUGGGUGAUCAGAUGCACUGCCUGGUGAACGUCAUAGCAGCUGACAAGAUUUCAUUAAUGAGCAAUGAAUUUAUCAAAAAAUGGAAGACUAUCAGAGAAACAGCAUGUAGUAUGGGAAUCACUCUGGUGGUUUUCAUGACAAGACCAGACUGUGAAUGUAAAAUAACAAAGGAGAAUUUGCAAAACAUCUACAAAAGCAAAAAGAUCCGAGAUAAAAUAAAACAGUGCAGUGAUCUACUGGGUGUACCAGAGAACCUCGUCUUCCCUGUAGUGAACUAUAAUAAGGAGACCGACGUGAACACGGAUAUAAACUGCCUGAUGCUGGAUGCCUUGAAAAAUAUUGUUUUCUGGGCGAAUGAUAACGUGAAGAAAUGUUCCAACAAGCAAAAUUCACAUCAGCAACACAAAUUAGAAUAAAGAAAUUUCACAGAAAAUAUGAAAAGCAGUGUAACACACAAUCUGAACAUUUUAAUGGAUAUUUAUUACUCAAAUCCAUUAACUUUUUAAAUCGAGAAAAUAUAUAUAUAUAUAUUUUUUAAAGAUAAAGACGUUUAAAUAUACACAGAUUUUUUUGAUGAGUUUGAUUAGUUUAAAUGAUAUACAGAUAUCAUUCCUGCUUUAUAUGUAGAUGUAAAAUUCUGUUCUGAAGAUUUAAGUUUUUUACCUUGUAUUUGUACAGAGUUACAGAGUUGAUUUAUUGUAGAACAUCAGGGAAACAGACUGAAGAUUUUCAUGUUCUAGAUGUUUAAUUGUGUGAUGUUGAUAUGAAGCUGCAAAAGAAGGAUUCAGAUAUUUUUCACAGUUUAUUGAUCAUGUUUUUCAUUAAAACAAAACAAAAAUGUUCAUGUUUAAAUAAAACUAUAAAAAGCA